CCACCGCCGUCGCCUCCAAUGGAGACGAGGCGGAGGCGGGCCCAGGGCGGAAGGAGCAUGGCGUGGACGCAGCUCAGAAAGAAAGUCCAGGAUGCCAUUAUCAUUCUGGGGGGCGGAGGGUUUCUCUUCGCCUCCUACCUGACAGCCACGGGGGAUGAGCAUUUCUAUGCUGAACACUUGAUGCCAGCUCUGCAGGGGCUGCUGGACCCUGAGUCAGCCCACAGACUGGCCGUUCGCUGCGCUUCCCUGGGGCUCCUUCCUCGUGCCACGUUUCAAGACUCUGACAUGCUGGAGGUGAAAAUUCUGGGUCAUAAAUUCCGAAAUCCAGUAGGAAUUGCUGCAGGAUUUGACAAACAUGGGGAAGCAGUGGAUGGACUCUACAAGAUGGGCUUUGGUUUUGUUGAGAUAGGAAGCGUUACCCCAAAGCCUCAGGAAGGAAACCCCAGACCCAGAGUCUUCCGCCUCCCCGAGGACCAGGCCAUCAUUAACAGAUACGGAUUUAACAGUCACGGGCUCUCGGUGGUGGAACACAGGUUACGGGCCAGACAGCAGAAGCAGACCAGGCUCACAGAAGAUGGGCUGCCGCUGGGAAUAAACCUGGGGAAGAAUAAGACCUCUGUGGACGCUGCUUCGGACUACGCAGAGGGGGUUCGAGUCCUGGGCCCUUUGGCCGACUACCUGGUGGUGAAUGUUUCCAGUCCCAACACCGCGGGGCUGCGGAGCCUUCAGGGAAAGGGUGAGCUGCGCCGCCUCCUGACCAAGGUGCUGCAGGAGAGGGAAGCCUUGAAGGGAGUGCGCAAGCCAGCUGUGCUGGUGAAGAUCGCGCCCGACCUCACAGCCCAGGACCAGGAGGAUAUUGCCAGUGUGGUGAGAGAGCUGGGCAUCGAUGGAUUGAUUGUCACAAACACCACUGUGAGCCGUCCUGCCAGCCUCCAGGCCGCCCUGCGCUCUGAAACAGGAGGGCUGAGUGGGAAGCCCCUCCAGGACUUAUCCACCCAAACCAUCCGGCAGAUGUACACGCUUACCCAAGGCAAAGUCCCCAUCAUCGGGGUUGGCGGCAUCAGCAGCGGGCAGGACGCACUGGAGAAGAUCCGUGCGGGGGCCUCCCUGGUGCAGCUGUACACGGCCCUCACCUACCAGGGCCCGCCUGUGGUGGGCCGAGUCAAGCGCGAGCUGGAGGCCCUGUUAAAGGAACAAGGUUUUACCAGUGUCACAGAUGCCAUCGGAGCAGAUCAUCGGCGGUGAAGGUGGUGUUGGUGGGAAGCCUGAUCUGGAACUCUCCCACCAAAUUUGGCAAGUCUUUGAGGUUGGGUUGAGAGAAGGGGGACUGUAUCUCCAGCCUCACCCCCAAACCACAAGAGCCGUCCCUCCAAGGCCUGCUGGACUGUCAAUCACAAGGGUCACCAGAAUUGAUUUUUCCGUCAUUUAACAGAGCACAGACUGCAUUCAUGAAUCUUUCUAGAUUCAAAUUCCAGGGUCCUUUCAUGUUGCAGGGACAUCAGAUAUUUUUGGGGGGGGGGUAGGGGGAAUAAAACCAUUUAGAGCCUGGAUUUAAAUCCCAGCCAUUUCUGGAGGCCCAAGGGCUGAGUCUGAAGUGGGCUUCCCAGGAGCUUGACCCUCUUUCAUUCUACCUUUAAAUUUUCAACUUUAGUUUGAAGCAACUUCAAACAUAGACAAGACUUCAAUAAUAGGUCGACCGUCUUCUGUGUCCUCACAUGGUCCUCCCUCUGUGUGUCUGUCACCAUCUCUUCUUCUGAGGCCACAGCCCGACUGGACGAGGGCCACCACCUCAGUGACCUCAUUUUAACUUGAUCACCUUUGUAAAGACCCUCUCUCCAAAUGAGGUCAUGUGGGGGUUAGGAUUCCAACAUGCCUGCUCUGGGGAGACACAGCUGGACCCAUCGCAGGAGCUGUGCUUGCUGUGUCCCCUCUCAAAUACCUGAGAUCUGAGUGCCACCGGACAGAUGGGCCCUCAGGGUGCUUGUAGACUCUAGACAGGGAGCUAAAGAGGGAGGCCACGCUUUUCCAUACCAAAAAGCAGAUGGUGAUGAAGCUGGGAACCUUGCCUGGGAGGUGGGGUGGUCUGUGACUCCCUGGAGGGGCCUGUGGGUGCUACAGAGACGACGUGCUCUGGUUCUCAGCGUUUCAUCUCCGCCUCAGCUGCCAAGAAACCCACGGCCAGUCUCCUGCUGUCCUCUUCAAAGAACUUUUUCCUGGUGUUUAUCUUAUACUUUCAUGAAAAUAAUACCUACUUAUAAAUAAACAUAAGCAGUAUAUCCCCCAAAUAAAACGCGUCUGCCUCUUACCCCCUCAAACCAUUCUACUACUCAGAGAUAAUCACAGAUGGCUUUUGUAUCUAUCUAGAUUUUCCUUGAUUUUUUUUCUUUGUAUAUACAAAUACACAUACCCGUCGCUAUCUGUUAUUUAUCCACCUGCACACACACACAUAUAGAAAUGCUACAAGUAGAAUAUGGUUGUCUCCCCUUGCCCACGGUUUUGUUUCCUGAGGUUUCAGAUACCUGCUGUCAACUGCAGUCUGAAAAUACAGUUAGAUACAGUAAGUCCCCACCUAACCUUACUCUGGGUAGGAUCAUGGAAACUGACAGAAAUUAACCAAGCAACAUAUAACACAAUUUGACCCAACACUAAUUGAGUAAACAAGAGUCAAGUUUCUGUAGCAUAUUUAUGGUCUCAGGUUAUCCCCAAACUCUAAAUAAAGAUGCAAAACACUUCUAAUAUUAAACAAUUGUUUGUAUUCAACCAACCCUGGAGAGGAAGCCCUUUCAUCACUUCAUCACUUUUUGGCCCUGACUCUUUCUCGGAGAUGACAGGCCCAGUACUGUGCAGAAUGCCCCCCCACCCCCUUGGGUUUGUCAGUGCUGCUCCGGCAAGCAAGGCAGAGCGAUGCUGUGCUCUCGCUGCUUCCCACCAGGUAACGGGUUUGUGUGUUCCAUUAGUGGAAAAGCUCACUUGGCUCAGCUGAAGCUUUAUUUCUUAUUUUCAU